CCCCCCUCCCCUUCCCCCCUUGGAGUUUCCCUCCCUCCCUCCCUCCCUCCUUCCUUCCCAGUCUGGGCACUGGGGCCUGUGACCGCUUCGUUAGCGGAGAGGAGGCUGCCAGUCCGCUUUGGCGGGCCUGUGCCCCGCGCGUUUCUCGGGGCCUCCCUGCUGAGCCUGAGGCUCAUGCUGAGAGGGACACGCAGUGAGAGCGGCCGAAGCAGCUUUGCGGUCAGAGCACGCCGGGCCGGGGUCGGGGCAGGGAGCCUGGUGGCGGGUAACGCCGGACUCGAGGACUUGUCCACAGACCAGCAUUUGGCAAUCACUAGAGUAGUCUAAUUACAUCCUUUUGCAAAUAAGGAAGCAGGACCAAAGUUAUACAGCUUCAAGUCAGAGUUUGGACUAGAAUCCGGGUCUUGACAGAGUCUAACUUAGGUUUGUAAGGUGUGAGAAAAACCCAAGACACUAUUUCAAGGCUGAGCAUUCGAGUGGCAGGCAGGUUGAGGAUGAUGGCGAGGAUGAUGGUGAGGACGGAGAAGGGGUGAAGCAGCCUUGAAGAGUCGUUGUGAGGACUGCUUCCCUUCAGAGCAUGCAUGGUCCCAGGGAAUGAAGAAAAAAGGUUUUGUAGUGCAUCCCUGAGCAUGAGUGCAGAAUGAAGCGACGUUUGGAUGACCAGGAGUCACCGGUGUAUGCGGCCCAGCAGCGUCGGAUUCCUGGUAGCACAGAGGCUUUUCCUCACCAGCACCGGGUGCUUGCCCCUGCCCCUCCUGUGUAUGAAGCAGUGUCUGAGACCAUGCAGUCAGCCACAGGAAUUCAGUACUCUGUGACACCCAGUUACCAGGUUUCAGCCGUUCCACAGAGCUCUGGCAGUCAUGGGCCCACCAUAGCAGCAGUUCAUAGCAGCCAUCAUCACCCAACAGCUGUGCAGCCCCAUGGAGGCCAGGUGGUCCAGAGUCAUGCUCAUCCAGCUCCACCAGUUGCACCAGUGCAGGGACAGCAGCAGUUUCAGAGGCUCAAGGUGGAGGAUGCACUAUCCUAUCUUGACCAAGUGAAGCUGCAAUUUGGUAGUCAGCCUCAGGUCUACAAUGAUUUCCUUGACAUCAUGAAGGAAUUUAAAUCUCAGAGCAUCGACACUCCAGGAGUGAUUAGUCGUGUGUCCCAGCUGUUCAAAGGCCACCCUGACUUGAUCAUGGGCUUCAAUACCUUCUUGCCCCCUGGCUACAAGAUUGAGGUGCAAACCAAUGACAUGGUGAACGUGACAACUCCUGGCCAGGUUCAUCAGAUUCCAACCCAUGGCAUCCAGCCCCAGCCUCAACCACCACCCCAACAUCCUUCCCAGCCUUCAGCCCAGUCAGCCCCAGCUCCUGCCCAGCCAGCUCCUCAGCCCCCACCUGCCAAAGUCAGCAAGCCUUCCCAACUACAAGCACAUACUCCAGCAAGUCAGCAGACUCCCCCACUCCCACCAUAUGCGUCCCCACGUUCUCCACCUGUCCAGCCUCAUACACCAGUGACAAUCUCGUUGGGAACAGCCCCGCCCUUGCAGAACAAUCAACCUGUGGAGUUUAACCAUGCCAUCAACUAUGUCAAUAAGAUCAAGAAUAGGUUCCAAGGCCAACCAGACAUCUACAAAGCGUUCCUGGAGAUUUUGCACACAUAUCAGAAAGAGCAGCGGAAUGCCAAGGAAGCUGGAGGAAACUACACUCCAGCGUUGACUGAGCAGGAGGUGUAUGCCCAAGUGGCUCGUCUUUUUAAAAAUCAAGAAGAUCUAUUGUCAGAGUUUGGACAGUUCCUACCAGAUGCCAACAGCUCUGUGCUUUUAAGCAAAACAACUGCUGAGAAGGUCGAUUCUGUGAGAAAUGACCAUGGAGGCACUGUGAAGAAACCUCAACUGAACAACAAGCCGCAGAGGCCCAGCCAGAAUGGCUGCCAGAUCCGCAGGCACUCUGGAACGGGAGCCACCCCUCCAGUGAAGAAGAAACCCAAACUGCUCAGCCUCAAGGAUUCUUCUAUGGCAGAUGCCAGCAAACAUGGUGUAGGAACGGAAUCAUUAUUUUUUGAUAAGGUCCGAAAGGCUCUGCGGAGUGCAGAGGCCUAUGAAAAUUUCCUGCGCUGUCUUGUUAUCUUUAACCAGGAGGUGAUCUCUCGGGCGGAGCUUGUGCAGUUAGUCUCUCCGUUCCUGGGGAAAUUCCCAGAAUUGUUUAAUUGGUUUAAAAACUUUCUGGGCUAUAAGGAGUCUGUACAUCUGGAAACCUUUCCAAAGGAACGAGCCACAGAGGGCAUUGCCAUGGAGAUAGAUUAUGCCUCUUGUAAACGGUUGGGCUCCAGCUAUCGAGCCCUACCAAAGAGUUACCAGCAGCCCAAGUGUACAGGACGGACUCCUCUCUGUAAAGAGGUUUUAAAUGAUACCUGGGUUUCCUUCCCCUCCUGGUCUGAGGACUCCACCUUUGUCAGUUCCAAGAAAACUCAGUAUGAAGAACAUAUCUAUCGUUGUGAAGAUGAACGUUUUGAGCUUGAUGUAGUUUUAGAGACCAAUCUGGCAACGAUCCGGGUUCUGGAAGCAAUACAGAAGAAGCUUUCCCGCUUGUCUGCUGAGGAACAAGCCAAAUUUCGCUUGGACAACACCCUCGGGGGCACAUCAGAAGUCAUCCAUCGAAAAGCCCUCCAAAGGAUAUAUGCUGAUAAAGCAGCUGACAUCAUUGAUGGACUGAGGAAGAACCCCUCCAUUGCUGUCCCAAUUGUCCUUAAAAGGUUGAAGAUGAAAGAGGAAGAAUGGCGAGAAGCUCAGAGAGGCUUUAACAAGGUGUGGAGAGAGCAAAAUGAGAAAUACUACUUGAAAUCUCUGGACCACCAAGGCAUCAACUUUAAACAAAAUGACACCAAGGUCCUGAGGUCUAAGAGCUUACUCAACGAGAUUGAGAGUAUCUAUGAUGAGAGGCAAGAGCAGGCUACGGAAGAAAAUGCUGGUGUACCUGUUGGCCCACACCUCUCACUUGCCUACGAAGACAAACAGAUUCUGGAAGAUGCUGCUGCUCUGAUUAUCCACCAUGUGAAGAGGCAGACAGGCAUUCAGAAGGAGGACAAAUAUAAAAUCAAGCAAAUCAUGCAUCAUUUUAUUCCAGAUCUGCUCUUUGCUCAGAGAGGUGAUCUCUCGGAUGUAGAGGAAGAGGAAGAAGAAGAGAUGGAUGUAGAUGAAGCCACAGGGGCGGCUAAGAAGCACAAUGGUGUUGGGGGCAGUCCCCCUAAGUCCAAGCUACUGUUUAGUAACACAGCAGCUCAGAAGUUAAGAGGGAUGGAUGAAGUAUACAACCUCUUCUAUGUUAAUAAUAACUGGUAUAUCUUUAUGCGACUGCACCAGAUACUCUGCUUGAGGCUGCUGCGGAUUUGUUCCCAAGCUGAACGGCAAAUUGAAGAAGAAAACCGAGAGAGAGAGUGGGAACGGGAAGUGUUGGGCAUAAAGCGAGACAAGAGUGACAGCCCCGCCAUCCAGCUACGUCUCAAAGAACCUAUGGACGUUGAUGUAGAAGAUUAUUACCCAGCUUUCCUGGAUAUGGUGCGGAGCCUGCUGGAUGGCAACAUAGACUCUUCACAGUAUGAAGAUUCGCUAAGAGAGAUGUUUACCAUUCAUGCCUACAUUGCCUUUACUAUGGACAAACUCAUCCAGAGCAUUGUCAGACAGCUGCAGCACAUCGUGAGUGAUGAGAUCUGUGUACAAGUGACUGACCUGUACCUGGCAGAAAACAAUAAUGGAGCCACUGGAGGCCAGCUGAACACGCAGACCUCAAGGAGCCUCCUGGAGUCAACAUAUCAGCGGAAGGCUGAGCAGCUCAUGUCAGAUGAGAAUUGCUUUAAGCUUAUGUUCAUUCAGAGCCAGGGCCAGGUUCAGCUGACCAUCGAGCUUUUGGACACGGAAGAGGAGAACUCAGAUGACCCUGUAGAAGCAGAGCGCUGGUCAGACUAUGUGGAGCGAUACAUGAAUUCUGAUACUACCUCUCCUGAGCUUCGUGAGCACCUGGCACGGAAACCAGUGUUUCUCCCACGGAAUCUGCGGCGGAUCCGGAAGUGUCAGCGUGGUCGAGAACAGCAGGAAAAGGAAGGGAAGGAAGGGAACAGCAAGAAGACCAUGGAGAAUGCGGAUAGCCUGGAUAAGCUGGAGUGUAGAUUCAAGCUGAAUUCCUAUAAGAUGGUGUAUGUGAUCAAGUCAGAGGACUACAUGUAUCGGAGGACUGCCUUGCUCCGGGCUCAUCAGUCCCAUGAGCGGGUAAGCAAGCGGCUACAUCAGAGGUUCCAGGCCUGGGUAGAUAAAUGGACCAAGGAGCAUGUGCCCCGUGAAAUGGCAGCGGAGACCAGCAAGUGGCUCAUGGGUGAGGGGCUGGAGGGCCUGGUGCCCUGCACCACCACCUGUGACACAGAGACCCUGCACUUUGUGAGCAUUAACAAGUACCGUGUCAAAUAUGGCACAGUGUUCAAAGCCCCAUAACUGCAGAGCCAGAGCAGAUAACUUGAGGGGUGUGUGUGUGUUGUGGGGGGGGGCAUGUGUACUCGCACACACUGAAGAAACAAGGAAGAUGCCUUUCAAGCCUCACUGGGCCUCUCUGGGACAUGGCCACCUGAUCUGUGUGUGGCUGGUGCAACCUGGCACCAAGUGGGCUACAUAUAAGGAACGUGGAUACCUUACAAAGCCGGAGCUGGAACUUUUCCCAGGGGUUUUGGGCAUUACCCUGCCCUGGAGGGGAAGAAAUCCAUGCAAGCACAGGGACAUGCAGCUUGCUUGCACACACCAGCAGAGCUAAGACUGGAGCCUCCUGGGGCCUGACCUUCAGUGAGGAAACCGGAUGCUGUUCACACCUUGAUUGGAUGGGCGAGCAUUGACUGACAGACUGGGGAAGGACUCAAUGCUUAGAUGGAUUGUAACUCUGAUGGUCACUGCUCCUUUCCUCUUCCCCCCCCAAAAGGAAAAAAAACUGGAUUGGAUUUUUUUUUCCUGGUCACUUGAGCACAUCUAGAUCACCCAUUAGAUUUUCUCUGGGACCUGCAGUUUGGCUUUGGGAUUGAUCAUCUUGUGGAUUUGAUUCCUGACGAAUCCCUUGCUGCCCACCCGUUAUUCUCUCCUCUGGUUCUCAACCUCAACAAGUUCAAAUCAGUCGUCCUUUUUAGCUCCCGUGGAACUGUUUUGUACCUGCUUCUUUACUAGUCUACCCUAGUGCCAUCCACCAGCUUUACUCUCUCACACACACACACACACACACACACAGUUUUAACUUGGUUUUUCUUUUUUUUUUGUAAAUAAUGUACAUACUGUCAAUUUUUUAUUAAAAGAAAUAUGCUUUGAUGUGCUAGCA